UUCUAGGCCCAUAAAUAGGGUGUGAUGAUUGACAAGGGCUCGGCCACCAGCACGGGGUGGGUGGCACUGGGCGCCCUGGAUUCCCUCGCGGGACGAAGAUUCUGCCCUUUCGGGGGUUCCGGCUCUCGUCCGAGCAGCCCGGCCUCCCUUCGCCGCCCAAGUCCACCAGGAGCGUGGGCGGCUCCCCACGCGUGCUCGGGGGCGCUCGCUGUGCGGCAGAAGUUCCUGGCACAAAGACGGCUGCAUCCACAUCCCCCCCGCCGGGAGGGGGGGAAGUUCCUCACUGACCUCCCUGUUCCCCGGCUGCACCCCCUCCUCAUUUUCCCUUCCCCUUUAGGUGACCCCUCUCCCCGGGGCCCCUCAGCUAGGGCCACAAAUAGGAUUCGGAGUUGGAAGUUCAUUGUUCCCAUUUUACCGGUGGGGAAACCGAGGCCCAGAAAGUUCAGUGCGUGGCGGCGUGAUGCCCCAUGCUGGGCAGCAGGGCACCGUCUUUGUUUCUUCAGCUGGCCCCUCCGGGUGCCAGGCAUUCUUGGUGCCCGGGCCAGGGUGCCCACAGGUGGCGGGGAUCAGCGGGCCGAGCUAUUUCUGCCCGUCCCAGAUGCCCCCUGGCCCCGCGCCGAGGGGCACAGCGCGUCCUGGCCUCCCUCUCCUGGGGCCGUGACUCAUCCGUCAGCUGGGGGGCAGGGUCGCGCACCUGGGGAGGGGGCGGGCCCAGAGCCUUGCCGGGCCUCUGCCCGGGGACUGAACCCUGGAUUCAGGGAGCCCCGGCUCGGGGCAGGGCAGCCUGCAUCGGUCUGGGCACGGUCCUGAGGCGUGGGCGGGCUGGCCCUUCAAAGCGGAAUCGUCUCUAAGGAGGAUCCCACAUUCCCAAGGACAGGACGUCAGGGUGCCCUGGAGCUGCCUCACCUGGGGCGGGGCCCCCAUCCCUGCCUCUUUGCCCCCCAAAAACCUUGGAGGUGCAUACGACUUUAGCCAUUCCCCCUUCUUCCCACGCCCAGAGGAUGUUCACCAUUGCCCAGAAGCUCUUUGCACAGAGACUAUUGGUGUCAUCCCUCAGGUACCUCUCCCCAUAACCCUGGAGGUCUUCUUACUGACCUUCCCUGACCUCCCCAACAGCACCCCUCCUGAGCUCCCUAACCCCU